UUAAUGUGGCCAUGACUCGUGCGAAGGCCCUGCUCAUCGUGGUGGGAAACCCCGUUAUCCUCAGGACAGACCCCACCUGGGGCAGGUUUAUCCAGUACUGUGUUGAGCAGGGGGGUUAUACAGGAUGUCAGCUGCCAGUCUCCGCAGCAGAUGAUGCGUUGUCACGGCAACUAGAGGAGAUGGACCUUAAGGAGACUGAUGAAAACGGAGUGGCCACAGGUGAAAGUGCCGUGCAGCAGUUCCUGGACCUUGAGUGGAGGAACGAGCAGUAGCCUUCAGCACACACACACACACACACACACACACACACACACACACACACACACACACACACACACACACACACACACACAGACACACACACACACACACACACACACACACACACACACACACACACACACACACACACACACACACACACACACACACUAACUGUGCCGGAGUGCUCUGCCUCUGGCUUCUCC